AUGGCCUCUUCCGGCUUGGAGCUCCUGGGGAUGACGCUGGCCGUGGCGGGCUGGCUGGGGGUGAUGGUGGCGUGCGGCCUGCCCAUGUGGCGCGUGGCCGCCUACGUGGGUCAGAACAUCGUGAUGUCGCAGGUGAUCUGGGAGGGCUUGUGGAUGAACUGCUCGGUGCAGAGCACGGGACAGAUGCACUGCAAGGUGCACGACUCCAUGCUGGGGCUUCCUCCGGACCUGCAGGCGGCCCGCGCCCUGGUGGUGGUCUCCUUGGCGUUGUGCAUCGUGGGUAUCGGCCUGUCCGUGGCGGGGGCGCAGUGCACCGACUGCAGCCGGGAUGCCGGCGCUAAGUGGCGUCUCGUGUUGGUGGGGGGUCUGGCGUUGACGGCGGCGGGGCUGCUGCUGCUGGUGGCGGUGUCCCGGACGGCCCACGCCAUCGUGAUGGACUUCCACGACCCGCUGCUGGAGGAGACGGGCAAGCGGGACUUUGGCAACGCGCUCUACUUCGGGUGGGCUGCCUCCUGCCUGCUCAUCCUGGGGGGGGCGCUGCUGUGUUGUUCCUUCCAACCCAGGACGGACGCGGUGCGCCGGGUGCCCGCCCAGGCGGACUACACAGCCGUUAAGAGCGUGGCCACGCGUGCAUAUGACAGACAGGACUACGUGUGA